AUGAAUUGCCUUGAUCUGGUGUUCACCCAGUCCUCUGACAAUAUCGACCUUGUGAAUUGCCUCCCACCAUUGGGUCAGAGUGACCAUGUAGUUCUCACGUGGGAAUACACCGUAUUCUCCCUGCCUGCACAACCGCUCGAUUCCCGACCCAAUAUUUGGUGCGGAGAUUUCGAACAGAUGAGAAGGGAUCUAAGUCCUAUCGACUGGGCAUCCACUCUAUCCGGCGAUGUCGAAGAGGUUUGGUGUCAGUUCAAAGAGUUAGUCCACAAUCUCAUCUCCAACCAUUGCCCAAUCAUGCGCAGAAGAGUAACAAAUAGACCCCGCUGGCUGACUUCAUCCUUUAAGAAGGAGGUUAACAAGAAGAGGAAGCUGUGGAAAAGAUCCCUGACUGGCCGGACGCCAGAAUCCCUAAGCAGUUAUAAGUCACAGAGAAAUCGGGUCAAAGUUCUCAUCGCUAGAGAUCGGAAAGCCUUUGAAAAGGAUCUUCUCAACCGUGACAGGGUUAAUCCCAAAAUCCUCUACAGCUACAUAAGACAGAGCACGCGGAACAAAGACCCCAUCCCACUGCUGCGAACAGCCGAGGGAAUGGAAGUCUCCGAUGACAAGGAUAAAGCUGAACACCUCUCUCAGUUUUUCCGGUCCGUCGUGACAAAUGAACCUGAUUUGCUCUCCCCCAUUUGUGAAGACGAAGAAAAACCUACCCUUGAAGCCGUAUUCUUCAUCGAAGCAAUUGUUUGGAACUAG